GUGGGACUGAAGGACCAAUGUCAAUGGCACGAGCUGUGUGCAUCGCCCUCAUCCUCUGUUUGUUUAUUAUUGGUCUUCUAUGUUUGAUAGCACACUAUGAAAAAAUUAAGUUAACUGCACAGAUGGAAGGACCAAUCGCAAAGGCUAAUGGAUACUUCACUAAACAUAAUGUUUUGGUUGCUAUGACGGACAAUCUGAUUGGUUGCUGGAACAGGGCGGUGCUUCAUUUUAUAUACUAUAAUUUAAAAGAGUGUCGGGAACAUUUUAAGCAAUUUCUCAAUGAGCAGAAAUCGAACCAUAGGGGAUACAAUGAGGAUGUAACAGUUGGCAUUGAUUUGAAUGGCAGCAGAGUAUUAGAAAAUCCGACGGAAAGUGAAGAUACAACUCGUUUAACCCUUGACCCACGGAGAGCAAUGUUAACAGCAGAUACAGAACCACGUGACUUUGAGGAAGAAGUAGAACUAAUAUUACUUCAACACAGUGCGGUGUACACUCGAUUACUGAUUAAGGGAAAACUUCCAAAAGGAUCUAGAACAUUACACUGUAAGAAAGGAAUGUGUCUCUGUCAAUUCGUUGGACGGAUUGUCUACAAUCGGAACAUAUAGAUCAAGAAACUCAUGACGUCUGUCAGUUGCCCUCUAUCAAAUACUGAACCAUCUGAUGAAUAAGUUAGCAUUAAGCUGAUAAGCAUUUGUAAUGUUAAACAAUGCUGUUUUUGGUGAGCGAAUAAACUUGAGUGUACACAGUAAACAUAGCAAUAAAGGUAAAAUAUAUAUUUAAUGACUGUCUAUGUACAUAAGAGGUUAUUUUAAUGAAGAUGUAAAAUAUGUUUUGGAUGCUACAUAUACUGAAAUAGGUAACUUUACAUUGCCACAUUCAAUGUAUUCACAGAAUAUUGGAGUUUGGUAAUUGUGCUGAUUAGAAAACUUAAUAAAAUUUGUGCUGCCAUUUUCAACAAUAAUAAUUUAAUAAGGAUAAUUGAUUACAUCAUCAUGAUGUGACCAUCCAUUACAAUGUUGAAUGAAUUAUUGAGGAAAAAUAAGUGUACUGUUUCAAAGACAGCAUUAAUAGCAAUAUAUAAUCAAUAUAAUUUUUUGAAAACACUAUGCACAUAAUAUUUUUUGAAGGUUUGUAUGUAUCAAUAACAAAGUCAUUAGACUUCGGUACACCAUGUGUAAAAAUAUGGAUUUUGAGGUUGGUUGCCUCAAUGUUUAUCGUUAAGAUUCUGUUGAUGAUGGUCAAAGCAUUCUCACUGAAACAUCGAGACAGCCAACCAGUGGUUUUACCUCAAAAACUAUAUUUUUACACAUGAUGUACCGAAAGUUACAUAUACAAAGCAAACAAUGGUGGAUAGAAAACAAGACUGUCAUAUUUUCUAUUGCCUAACCACCUGAUCUACAAGCUAAGUUGAUGUACAUUCUCAGUCCUUAAUUGCAAAAUAUACAUAGUACUGUAACAUACCAUUUUCACAUCAAGGUUAAGUUGGUAGGGCAAUCUACUCUACAUGUAAGUGGAAGGGCUUGGUUAAAAUCCCAACUCUAUUCAAAUUAUCUCAAACCUUGUUAAACAUCUAUGGUGAUUUCCUCAUCUUCAUCAAAUGUGGCAGAGAUAAGCCAAACAACAAGUCACUCGUGGCAAAUCCUGUUUCAGAGAUAAUGGCCAAAACAUGCUGGAAUGUCAACAUUUUUUAAAUCUAUUUUAUUACAUUAAACUGACCUUUAUAUAUCAUACUUUGCUGUUAUUUUCCCCAUUUUCAAUGUUAAAACAAUUUUUAACAAUUAAUUUUGGUAAUGGUUUCUGCCUGAGAAAUAUCUAAAAAUCUAAACUUUUAAAGCUGAUUUUUCAAAUAUUGUUUUUA